UGGCUUUUAUUUUGAAGUACAGAACACCCGGUAGGCAGUGUUGCUGUUUCGUUCCACACAGCUCAGACUUUAGUGUUUCUGUUAUGGUCUGACAGAAUCGCGGCCUGUGGAAUUAACAUUUUCUCAAUCUUAGAGACACCGCCCCUGUCUGGACAGAUAGUGGCGGGGAUGCGGCAUCGACAUGGGAAAUCUUUUCGGGAAAAAGAAAGCAACUCGGGUGACCGAGCAGGACAGGGCUGUGCUGCAACUGAAGCAGCAGAGAGAUAAACUGAAGCAGUAUCAGAAGAAGAUAACGCUUCAGAUGGAGAAAGAGCGACAGCUGGCCAAACAGUUGUUGAAUGAUGGAAAGAAAGAGAAAGCACUCCUACUCCUCAAAAAGAAACGCUACCAGAAUCAGUUACUGGACAAAACUGAAAAUCAGAUAAGCAAUCUGGAGCGGAUGGUACAAGAUAUCGAAUUUGCACAAAUAGAGAUGAAAGUCUUUGAAGGACUGAAAGUUGGCAAUGAUUGCCUGAAGAAAAUGCAUGAGAUGCUGUCCUUAGAAGAGGUGGAGAGGAUCAUGGAUGAAACACAUGAUUCCAUUGAGUAUCAGAAGCAAAUUGAUGAGAUGCUGGCAGGAUCUCUGACCCAGGAGGAUGAGGAUGCUGUGCUAGCAGAGCUGGAGGCCAUCACUCAGGGAGAAGCUGACCUUGAACUUCCUGAGGUGCCUGGGGAAGAACUACCAGAGGUUCCAGAGCAAGAGCCAGUGCGGGAGAAGGAGAGGGUGAAAAAGAAGCCAGAGCGAGAGAUGUUGGCAAUGUAAAUACAGAUUUAUCAUACCUCCAUGUCUACUCUCGUGCCGUUCCACUGGAGACCCCAAGGGCUCAUCCCUGACAAAACUCUGGGGAGUGAUUGACAGUCCUCCCUCUCAUAUAUGUUAAAGAUCUACAAUUAUGCCAUUUUUCUAAUUGUAUAUUCACUGCAUACUGUAUGCCAUUUAGUUUAGAUGAUAAUUCUGAAAUACUCUUAAUAGUGCCUGGUCUUUCUAAUCACCCUACAGUUUUUUCUGAUCUUUUAAUUAUAUAUCAAAGGCGUAUCAUGUCAAUGCCUGUAACUUUCUAAUGCAUGCAUCACUUAUAUUAUAACAAUCUCUGUUAAAAAUGAUCCCCAAAAAUUAGUGUUCAAAUACAACGUUUUGUCACAAAGAAAAAAAACCAUUAGUGCACACUUCUUAUUGAGAGGGAAAUAGUCCAAUCCUUAAUGCAUUAUGCUGCACACACACUGUUUUGUUUAAUGAAGCAUACAUAACAUACAAGGACAUGAUCUAUACAAGCAAAACAAAUGACAUUUGAACAUUGUUUUUCUGUCAUAGUUUGGUUUGUGACUAAUGCACUGAUUAAUUUAAACUUGAGGUCUUAUCAGUUUUUUACAUGUUAGCUCUCUGAAAACUUAUGUGAAUUCACUGUUUAUGGUCUUAUCUUCCUUAUUUCAUUUUGUAGUUCUGUAACAAUAAAUUUUAUGUAAUCGUUUUCAUCA